UGUCUUUAUCUCAAAAAAACUAUUCGAUUGUAUUUACAAUUUACACACACCCAUCUUCAUCAUGGGUCAAUCUUCAAAGACGAUUAUUUUUUUUUUCUACUCAAACUCUCAACCUUAACUGGCUUCUCGUACAGCUAUUCCAACUAUUUUGCGGGGAAUCGAGAGCCAACAUUGGGGACAUGGCGUCCAUGGCAAAUAGGUUUCUUCAGGCCUACAAUACACCUUUUCUGAUAGGUUUCCCAAAGGAUUUUCCUUUUCAUUUUCCUCACAUGUUUUACGCUUCAAUUGACUCUAACAGGAUGCAAGGGAUUCUAGUUUUGAGAAAGCAACCAAAAUGGCAAUUAAGCAGUCCAAAGGAGAGGGUGUUUCAACUCAUUCUAUUUUCUCAAACAAUGCAAGGUUGUUGGAGGACAAAAUUAUUGAAACUCAUCACUCUGAUGAGCUUACAUUUGCAUUGAAGCCUGUUCUUUACAUAAUUGAGGUCAUAUUUUCUCGUACUACAACUGAUCUUCAUGGAAAUGUUCAGGCGAGUUUAGCCAAUGAGAAGGUGCUGUAUUCUGACCACCGAGAGAUAUUGUUUGAACUUCCAAGUAUAACUGCUGCAAUUUCCCGCGAGGUAUUUUGUGAUUGGUUUAAGGGGGUUGCUGCACACAACACAACAAUGGACAUACUACAAAUUAUCAGACAUUAUAGAUGGGAUGCAAAGCUGGUACUUGCAGUUGGAUCUUUUGCCAUGAACUUUGGUGGAUUUCGGCUGGUGUCUGAGCUUCACUAUACCAAUUCAAUUGCCAAAGCAGUGGCGCUCCUUGAGAAUUUUCCAGAAACAUUGGAGUUGGCAGGGAUUUUGAAAUCAAAGCUCCAAGAUAUAUUUCUUGUGGUCAAGGCAAUACUUGAUAUGACAAAGAGCAUUAUAGAAUUAUAUGAGCUUUCCCACAAUGAAUAUUUCACCCCUGAAUCACCUGAAAUUAUAGCUGCCACUGCUGAUAUCCCAAUUGCUGUUUACUGGACCAUUCAGAGUACAGUGGAUUGUGCUUCACAAAUUAUGAGCAUCGCAGCCAUGGACCAUAAAUACUUAUCCAAGUCAUGGGAUUUAUCAUCUUUGGGCCAUAAGCUUGAGAUGAUAAGAAGCCAACUUGUAAUGAAAAUUAAUCUUUGUUAUAAAUUCAUUGAAAAGAAGAAAGAUGAUGAAAUAUUCUUUUCAUUCACAAGAGUUUUGGAAACAUCAGAUAUUGAUAACUCGAAAUCCCUCAACAUUAUUUUCCGAGAGAAGGAUGGUUCUCAACCUAUGCUCUAUGAUUGCCUCCAUCAAAAUUUGGUUCCUAUUGAAGAUCUGAAGGGUAAGGUUGUGGCACUAUAUAUUACAGACCUCAACAUUGUCUGUGAAGAUUAUUUGAUCUUACAGCAAAUUUACCCUGAAAAGUUGGAUGACUACAGCAGAAAAGAGAACCAGUAUGAAAUAGUUUGGAUCCCUGUUAUGGAUAAUUGGACAAAGGAUACGUACCGGCUAUUUGACAAAGUGAGAGAUCAGAUGGAAUGGCUAUCAGUGUGUCAUCCUUCUCAGUUAGCACCACAGGUCAUCAGGUACAUCAGGGAGACAUGUAACUUUGUAAAGAAGCCACUUCUUGUCGUGAUGAACACUGAUGGCAGAAUCGUGCAUAAGGAUGCAACACAAAUGAUGUGCAUUUGGGGAAAUCAAGCAUAUCCUUUUAGUUUGGAAAAAGAAUUAUCACUCUGGCAGCAACGGAAUUGGACAAUUUCCCUUCUUGCUGAAGGAAUUGACCAAUAUUUGCCUACUUGGAUUGAAGAAAGGAAACAUAUAUGCUUAUAUGGAGGAGAAGACAUGGAAUGGAUCCGGAGUUUCACAAGGACUGCAAAAGGAGUUGCACUAAGAUAUGGGAUUGAGCUUGAGAUGCUUUAUGCAGGUAAGAACAGAUCUCGGGAAAGAGUUGUGAAAAAGUUAAUCAAUGUUACUCAACGUGAAAGGCUAAGCAAAGCGCUUGAGUGGAAACUCAUCUCAUACUUCUGGCUAAGAAUGGAGAAGAUGUGCAUGUCUGAGCCCCCACUGGCCAUCCCAGAACAGGAGGAAGUAGUUGAUGAGUUUUUCAUUCCAGAUGAUCCUGACUUCGUGGCACCGGUGCAGGGGCAGAAGUAUCAUUCUAUAUUCUCUGGAAUCGUUAACAUGCUGAGUUUUGGCUCCAGCAGUAAAGGGUGGGCUGUGAUCAGUGGAGGAACUGAGGAUAUGUUGUUUGAGGCUGAUGGGGAGUUAUUGUUGAGAGCUUUGGUUGAUCAUGAAAAGUGGAAGGAGAGAGCAGAGAAUUAUGGAUUUGUCAGAGCUCUGGAAAUCUACUACCACCAGCUUUGCAAUGACCUCCCACACUGUAUUAGUGUGAUACUGCCUGACACCGAAAUCAAGGGAAUAUCUUGUGCUGCCUGUAACAAACCGAUGGACAAGAUGGUCACUUAUAGCUGCUGCACUGAUAGAUCUUCAUAUGGAUAUGAUUAGCAUGACUACACUCACUAUACGUGCAGUGACACUGCCUUUGUUUCGAGUGUCAUCACCGGAGUUUUAGUGAAUAAAUACUAAUUUUACUGCUGUAAUUCUAAUGCAAAAUUAUUAAUUAUUAACUCUUAAUGGCAGCAUUUGUGAAUUUAAUAUCAUCAAACUGGAAAAUUAAAAUAAGUAGAAGAGUACAAGGUAUGUAAUCUUCAAUUCUA